AUGGUUAACUCCCACCCCUUAGUCUUUCGAAAGCAGCGGCGCGCUAAGCCUGAUCUACAUUCUGGCAACUCAUCAAACAGUCGCGACUCGACUAAGAGCUUGAGGAAUCUAUUUUCUCUGCCAAAAACCCAGUCCAACACGUCAACUACCUUGGACGACCGAGCGAAGGGUGAUAGGGGACCAUUUGGACUGAGCCUCCUACAUUCCCCGACAGCGCCCGAGAUCGACCUGAUCUUCGUUCAUGGCUUAGGCGGUAAUUAUAGAAAGACGUGGAGCAAAUCAUCGGCAGACCAGUCUCAAUUUUGGCCAAAGGACUGGCUCUCCAAGGAUCCCGCAUUCAAGAAUGCCCGUCUUCAUAGCUACGGGUACGACUCGUAUUAUUUGAAGGGUAAGGACGACUGCUUAAAUGUUCAUCACAUUGGCAAAUCAUUCCUAGGCGCGGUCAGCACCUCGCCGUGCAUUGCCAAUUCCAGAACAUACAUUGUUGUCGUUGGCCACAGCAUGGGUGGCCUUGUAAUGAAGAAAGCAUACAUCCUGGCGAAACAGGAUGCAGAGCACGAAGCGCUGGCUGGACGAUUUGCCGCAUUCUAUUUCCUCGCCACGCCACAUCGAGGUGCCAACUCGGCAAAGAUGCUCAAGAAUCUCCUCAAGGUUGCGUACGACCGCGCUUAUGUUGGUGAUCUGGAACCGAACUCUGAAGCAGUUCAAGUGAUCAAUGACGAAUUUCGGCAUUUUUCGGCUGACCUUGACCUUUGGUCAUUUUACGAAACACAGAAUAUGAAAUUAUUUAAUUCACUUAUCGUCGAUCCUGAGUCAGCCGUCCUUGGGUACCGUGGAGAGAAACAAAUACCUAUGACUGCUAAUCACCGCUCGAUAUGCAAGUUUGAUACACCUCAAGAUUCCAACUAUAUACUCCUACGAGACGCACUCGCCUCUACUGUGAGCAAAAUUGCCACGGUAAUUCCGGAAAAGAAGCGUGACAGUAUCAAAAUUCUCAAGAAGUACCUCCAGAUAUCCGAUUUGUUGGACGACGAUCUUGCAAAUGUUUGUGAAUCUCGGAUGAGCGGGUCAUGCGAAUGGAUUUCGUACAAAGCCAGUUAUGUCAGAUGGAAGGACGGGGAGUACGCAAAUGACAGAACGUUAUGGAUCAAGGGCAAGCCAGCAACUGGAAAGUCUGUUCUUGCCGGCUAUGUCAUCGAUCAGCUCAAGGGGUCCGGCCAGGCUUGCAGCUACUUCUUCUUCAAACAUGGAGACAAGUCUAAGGCCAGCCUAGGCCGUUGUCUCCGAUAUCUGGCUUUUCAGAUGGCGAUCUCUAAUGCUGAAGCCAGCGAUGCCAUCCUAAAAAUGCAGGCGGAUGAUAUCUCCUUCGAUGGUGUCGACGAACGUACCCUCUGGAGAAUCCUCUUCCUUUCCGGAAUUUUUCAGGCCACAAUGACUCGACAUUACUGGGUCAUCGAUGCCCUGGACGAGUGUUCCAAUCCUCCGGUCCUUUUGAAUGCCAUUCUUUCCAACAUGGACGAAUCUAUGCCACUGAGAGUUCUCGUCACAAGUAGGGAUACGGUCGAACUGGACCAAGGUUUCUCGGCUAUUCCGCCCAAUCUGGUCCAGUUCUUGCCAAUCUCGAUAACAGAUACAGAACCAGAUCUCAAGCUUUUGAUUGAAGGUAGGAUCCAGGCCUUGGGAGUCGUUCAACCUAACGAUCGAAGUCACCUAGCCGAGAAGAUUUUAGACAAAUCUAAGGGGUCUUUCUUGUGGACAAUUUUGGUACUUGAGGAACUCCUACGUUGUCACAGCAGAAAGGAAAUUCACCAGAUUCUUGAAGACGUGCCAAGAGGCAUGGGAUCACUGUACAAGCGGACUCUAGACUAUAUGUCACAGGUCACUCGCGGAAAGGAGUUGGCCAAAACCAUCCUCAUGUGGGCAGCAUGUGCAGUUCGACCAAUGACAAUUAGCGAAUUAGACGGUGCUCUGACCCUGGACAUCCGCGACUCAUUUCCAAACUUGGAGGAGAGCAUCUCCGCGCUCUGUGGCCAAUUGGUGGUCGUGGACAAAUAUGGGCGAGUUAGUAUGGUGCAUGAAACUGCCAGAGAAUUCCUUGUAUCUGGUGGGCUAGAGUCUGAGUUCUCCAUAGAGAAAACUAAGGCACACACACGAAUGGCUGAAGUGUGUCUCAGUUACCUCGUCGGGGAAGAAAUGAAACCUCCAAGAACCAGGCGGCGUCGUUCUUCAGCAAACUUACCAACAAGACUAGAUUUCGCCAUCUAUGCAUACACAUCAUACUCAUAUCACCUCUCCAAGGCUGAUCCGUUAGCGACAGAGGCGUUACAGCUUGUCACGCGGUUCCUGAAAUCUAACGUACUUACUUGGAUCGAAACGAUUGCCGACUCCCAAAAUCUCACUCAUCUCAUCCGUGCCUCAAAACACCUCAAAACCUACGCAACUAGAUGUGCCGUUGAGCGUUCACCACUAGACCCUCAGAUACGGGCGCUGCGACAGUGGAGUACGGACCUUACUCGGAUUCCUGCCAUGUUUGCCAACGCCCUCACGGUGUCGCCGUCAGCCAUAUACUCGUUGAUACCGCCAUUCUGUCCCACCGAAUCUAUGGUAUACAACACUGGAGGCUCAAACCAGAGGCUAGUAGUGCUUGGCGCGAAUAACGAGCAAUGGGAUGACAGGAUGCUGUGCAUAGAUUUCCGCCAGGGUCAACCAAGAGCUUUACGCUAUGGCGACGAGUUCUUGGCCGUCGCCCUCAGCUCAGGGGCUGUCGUAUUGUACUACACUACAUCCUAUCAGGAGUACAAGGUCUUAAAGCACGGUGAAGCUGUUAACUUCAUUGCUUUCAAGACCAAAACUGACCUUGUAGCAACCUGUGGUAUCAAAAUGACCAAGGUCUGGGACAUCAGAAAGGGGCAAGUGGUGGAGAGCCUUAUGAGCCCUCCCCGUCCGCUGGGAAUGGAAUUUGAUGGAGAUAUGCUUUUGAUUGCAAGUCGCAACAACUACAUCGAGACUUGGAAUUUGGGACACGGCGCCCGGGCGGAGCCGGUGCGGAGGCCAUGGAGUGGUGCCAAUACACCAGAUACAAACCAAAUGCCUCUACAGGGGACCCCAUGCGCACUAACUCUCUCUACCAGCCACGGCAUGCUUGCUGUCGCUUACAGUGGCCAACCCAUCACACUAUGGGACAUGGAAGAGGACACUUACGCUGGUAGAUGUGGCAAGAAACUCUCUAGUGGAGAGACAAGCACGCAUGUCGUCGUCGCACUUGCUUUCAAUCCCAAUCCUGACAUAAACCUUCUCGCAGUCGCAUAUCUCGAUGGCGAUCUCGCCCUCCUUGACCCCUAUACCAACCAGCAGCUGGAAUGCUUUCGUGCCAAUUGCCAAACCCUCUCCCCAAGCCCUAAUGGGCGUUUCCUCGCAGCGGGUGGUGCAAAUGGGAUAAUCCACGUUUACGAAUUUGAUACGUUCAAACUCCUUUAUCGGGCCAAGUCUUCCAGCUCCUAUAUCAAGCAGCUUGCUUUUGCCAGAGAUAGCAUGCUUCUUGCCGACAUACGAGGCACCCAGUGCACUGUUUGGAAACCUGAAGCUCUGUUGCGGGAGUCCCUCAGUGAUGACAGCAGCGGGCUCACUUCCACUACAGUGGUCGAGACAGUUUCCAUGGAAGCCAAAGCGAAGGUUACUGCCAUGGUGGUCCAUCACACACUCGAGGUUGCCUUUUGUGGAAAGGACGAUGGAUCAGUCGUCCUGUACGAGCGAAAAACAGCAGCGAGCUUAGCGAUUCUCUACAGGCAUAAGUCCCCAGUCCGCCUAUUGGCCUGGAUUGAAUCGAGAGACGCCCUCCUUAGCGUUGAUGCCUCUAACAGGAUCUUUUUACACAUAAUCCAAAAGUCAGCAGAUAAAGGUUGGCUCAACGAUCCGAAAGUACUCUUCAAGUCCCACCUCGACUCUGAGAUGGCAAUCACAGAUGUGCUAGUAGGAGAAAUAGCGGCCAAGUUCUUGGUAUCAACUCGCGAGUCUGAUUAUCUGUUCAACUUGGAUAGCGGCAAGUACGAGAUAGAACGAACAUAUCCACAAGACCCAGGAACCCGGAAAUGGCUCCCUCAUCCGCAAUCUUCUCUACAUCUGAUCUGUGUAGACAACGUCAAAGCCUGUGCCUAUUGCUGGAGUGACUGGUCUGAAGUAUCGUCUAUUGCAUUUUCAUUAGACAACCACAUGGUAGACUUCAAAAGUGCGAUUCUCUAUUCCCUCGACCAAAAACAGAGAAUCAUGCUCCACUUGAUAGAUCCGAGCAGUUCUGUAAACAUCAACAGAAUUGCCAUUAUUGACGCAGACUGUCUUACCGUCAAGGCAUCGAAUCUGGCCGCUCCACUUCGUUCGCGUGUGACUACGAUCGAACUAAGCGUUGCCCAUGUCAUAGGAAUUGAUGAAUCAAGAAAGCUCAUAUUCCUGAACCCGUCUUUUUGGGUGUGCUCUGUUGAUCUUGGCGAGAGCGAGUUAGAGAUCACGCAGCGCAAAGACUCCCCGACGAUCGAAGUUUCUGAGCACUUUUUUGUUCCAUACGACUGGUUUGCUGGGAAUAGGAACAUUGUUUGUGCCUUGGCGAAGAGAGAUAUUAUGUUGACUCGGGGUGGCGACUUGGCGGUAAUUAGGGGUGGCAUUGACUAUGCCGAGAGUGUGUACAGAGUGAGAGAUUGA